AUGUGGCGUCAACGACAUCCUCCUCCUCCGGCUGCCUGUGGAGCUGGGGUAAAAUUCUGUCAUGUGACACACGCUAUCCGACCAGUUGCUAUUCCCGUUUCAUUGCUGCCCACAUCUGUUCCGACAAAACUUCCUCGCCUGCGCGGUAAAGAUAAAACAUAUUACGUGGAGGAGGAGGAGGAGGAGGAGGAGGAGGAGGAGGAGGAGGAGGAGGAG